UUUCACCCACAGGAAAAACUUUAAUAUCCGGUGCUACAACUUCCGAGUGUAGAGAGUCCAGUCUUGCACCAAGAGACACUACAUCUGUGAGGAACCUUUGUCUUUAUUAUACAUAUUCUGUAUUCUCACUGAUUAACUGAGGAUGGAUACGGACAGGAGUCAGAAGACUGAGAUGAUAAUAAAUAUCACCCUGGAGAUCAUCUACCUGCUGACUGGAGAGGGUUACACGGUAGUGAGGAAGACAUCCGGUAAGUUCGAGACACCCAGCAGCUGUCCCCGUGUGUCAGGAAGACUGAGCAGAACCCAGAGCCCCAUCACGGUGCCUCCACCUCACUCACUGAUACAUGAGAGACACAAUAACCAGAAGAUCCUAGAACUCACCAACAAGAUCAUUCAGCUGCUGACUGGAGAGGAGCAAGAGUAUAUAGAGGAACACAGGGGUCUGUACAAGGACGUGAUGAUGGAGAAUCACCGGCCCCUCACAUCACUGGAUGGGCAUAGUAACAGAGAUACCCCAGAGAGAUGUCCCCGUCCUCUGUAUUCCCAGGACUGUACAGAGAAGAGUCACAGGACCCCACAGGAGAAUCAGGGUGAAGAUAGGAGUAAUGUGACUGAUAUGAAGGCAGAAGAUAUAGAGGGAGAAGAAGAGAUGUAUGUGACUGAUAUAAAGGCAGAAGAUAUAGAGGGAGAAGAAGAGACGUAUGUGACUGAUAUGAAGACAGAAGAUAUAGAGGGAGAAGAAGAGAUGUAUGUGACUGAUAUGAAGGCAGAAGAUAUAGAGGGAGAAGAGACGUACGUGACUGAUAUGAAGGCAGAAGAUAUAGAGGGAGAAGAAGAGACGUGUGUGACUGAUAUGAAGGCAGAAGAUAUAGAGGGAGAAGAAGAGACGUAUGUGAAGGAUGAUCUGCAGUGUAAGGAGGAGGAAAUCCCUACAGAUAUCAGCACAGAUGAAUGUAACAGAAGGAAUAUCUCAGAAGAAAAUCUAAUUUCAUCUUCAGGUUGUAAAACAGAAGAUGAUGACAUCACACAAGAUUCUCCUGGAGAAACCCCUACUGCUCUACUCGUACCUCCUGUACCUCAAAAUGUGCUUGUGUCAUGUGGUCCCUCUAAUCAAAGGGAAUGUUCUGAUAACACUGAUAUUGGGUCAUCUUCUACAGCUCUGACAGUAGAUAAAAUAUUUCCCUGUUCUAUAGAUGACAGAUGUUUUACACAGACCGCACAGCUUAUAACCAAUCAUCCAGCUAAGGGAGGUGAGAAACCAUUUCCAUGUUCUGAGUGUGGGAAAUGUUUUACACACAACUCACGUCUUGUUACACAUCAGAGAAGUCACACAGGUGAGAAACCAUUUCCAUGUUCUGAGUGUGGGAAAAGUUUUACCGAUAAAUCAAAUCUUGUUACACAUCAGAGAAGUCACACAGGUGAGAAGCCAUUUCCAUGUUCUGAGUGUGGGAAAAGUUUUACACACAAGUCACAUCUUGUUGCACAUCAGAGAAGUCACACAGGUGAGAAGCCAUUUCCAUGUUCUGAGUGUGGGAAAUGUUUUACACACAACUCACGUCUUGUUAAACAUCAGAGAAGUCACACAGGUGAGAAACCAUUUCCAUGUUCUGAGUGUGGGAAAUGUUUUGCUGAUAAAUCAAAUCUUGUUACACAUCAGAGAAGUCACACAGGUGACAAGCCAUUUCCAUGUUCUGAGUGUGGGAAAUGUUUUACAUGGAAAUCACUUCUAUGUCUACAUGAGAGAAUACAUACAGGUGAGAAGCCAUUUCCAUGUUCACAGUGUGGGAAAUGUUUUACCAAAAAAUCAAAUCUUGUUACACAUCAGAGAAGUCACACAGGUGACAAGCCAUUUCCAUGUUCUGAGUGUGGGAAAUGUUUUACACACAAGUCAUGUCUUGUUAAACAUCAGAGAAGUCACACAGGUGACAAUCCAUUUCCAUGUUCUGAGUGUGGGAAAUGUUUUACACGGAAAUCACUUCUAUGCCUACAUGAGAGAAUACAUAUAGGUGAGAAGCCAUUUCCAUGUUCACAGUGUGGGAAAUGUUUUACCAAUAAAUCAAAUCUUGUUACACAUCAGAGAAGUCACACAGGUGACAAGCCAUUUCCAUGUUCUGAGUGUGGGAAACGUUUUACACACAAGUCACGUCUUGUUAAACAUCAGAGAAGUCACACAGGUGAGAGGCCAUUUCCAUGUUCUGAGUGUGGGAAUUGUUUUAGCGAUAAAUCAUCUGUUGUUAGACAUCAGAAACUUCACACACAUGAGAAUGUGUAGCAUGACAGUAAUCGAAUCUUGAUAAAACUAUACUUUAUUAACACUAGUUAAAAUUUGUAUAUAUGCAGAUGGAAAGUUAUUUAUCUUACAAAUAAAUCUAAUUUCUCACAUGUUUUUGUUAAA